AUGCAUUAUUUUAACUUUAAUACUCCCAAUGUUAAUACUUCCGAAGAUCCAGAUCGUUAUGACUGGCGAAAGUGGAAAGAUCCAGACACUAAACUCACGCUCACACAAACGGCAAAUUUAGUUUUAAUUACAGCUCGAGAGCAAGGAAUAAACAUGGAGAACUUUAAAGGUAGGUUGUUGUUGAGUUUAAGCGAAGAAUUCCAAUGUCCUGGUGGAAUGUUUAAUCGUAUUAUUUACGCGCUUAGCGGCGUUGACCCAGAAAAUAAAUUUACACUUGUAGAUAAGCAAGUAAAUGAUAAAAUUCCUGAAUUUACUAAACAAUUUCUUCUAGGUUGUAGUAAUCAAAGGAUAAAAUUUUUAAAAAACAAUUUUGGUGACUUUUAUUUUGAAAGGGAUAUGAAUCCUAAAGUAAAAGAUGACAUGAGUAGAUUAAUGGAAGAUGCAACACAGUAUGUUUUUAAUGAAUUAUAUGUGUAUUGUUAUGAUCAGUACGGAAAAAGAGUUAAGGAAGUUGGAGUAGUUGAAGUAGUGGAAAUAGUUGAUGGGGUUGAAGAAGUUAAAAAAGUUGAAAAAGUUACAGAGUUUGAAGGAGUUAGAAGGAGCAUUAUAAAACAUAAACUACAAGAAUUACUUACAGAUGAAGCGAUGAAAGAUGCAGUAGAUGCUAUGAUUGAUAAAGUUCAAACUCCACCUACUUAUUUUGAAAGGGUAAAAACAUUUUUCUGUGGAGCAGAGCAUGCCAGCCAGCCUG